CAUUAAAUAUCGGAGAAUCUCACAUGAUAAUGUCUAUGGAUGAAAACCAUAAAUAUAAUGAAGAUGUGUCAAACAGAGAUUGUAAUAAGAAGACUGAUGUUACAUCAAAUACUGAUAUUAAUUCGAUAAGUCUUAUAGAUAAAAACAAAGACAAUGAGUCUGUGAUACUAAACAAGGAGUCUAUUACUAAAAAUAUUGAUGUUUCAUUAAAUAUUGGUGCAUCUGACAUGAUAAUGUCUAUGGAUGAAAGGGAUAAAAAUAAUGAAUCUGUACCAAAUAAAGAUUCUAAUGAGGAGAUGACCGAUGCUACAUCAAAUACUGAUAUUAAUUCAAUAAGUCUUAUAGAUAAAAACAAAGACAAUGAGUCUGUGAUACUAAACAAGAAGUCUAUUACUAAAAAUAUUGAUGUUUCAUUAAAUAUUGGUGCAUCUGACAUGAUAAUGUCUAUGGAUGAAAGGGAUAAAAAUAAUGAAUCUGUACCAAAUAAAGAUUCUAAUGAGGAGAUGACCGAUGCUACAUCAAAUACUGAUAUUAAUUCGAUAAGUCUUAUAAAUAAAAACAAAGGCAAUGAGUCUGUGAUACUAAACAAAGAGUCUAUUACUAAAAAUAUGAUGUUUCAUUAAAUAUUGGUGCAUGUGACAUGAUAAUGUCCCAGAUAGCACUGGACAUUCCAGGGAUGUCCAUUUUAAGUCCAGUUUAGGUCCAUAUGUCCAUGAACAUAAAAUGGACAUUUAAAGGAUAUCCAUUGUUGGAAUUGAAAUGGAUAUUCUGUUAGCAACAUCUUUUGGAUGUUCAGUUUAUGUCCAUAUUUGGAUCUAUUUUUUAUUUAAUAUUUGUUAUGUAUACAGGGUGUUAAAAAAGUGUCAAUAAUUAAUUACGCCAAAACUAUUCAUCGCAUCGAAAAAUAUAGUAUUAGACAUUUCUUCUUAGAUUUUUAUUCUCUAUCGAAUGGUGCUGAGCAAAUGCGACACUUUUUUAACACCCUGUGUAUAUAUAUAUAUUAUAUA